AUGCCGUCCGCUUCUGCAGGGCGGAUUGUCAAAUCCACCAGAAACAAAAAGACAACACCACACCAAAAGAACCAUCGCUGGGAGUCCUUCUCAGCCAAGGUUUCGAAGCUCCACUCGCUCGACCCUCUGCGCAGGGUGCGCCGACAUGACCUCGAUGCCGAGACUCUCGACACUGCGACUUCCUACCUCGGAAACGGGCUGGAGAAAUGGACGGACCUCAAUAUAUCGAGGGACUUCACCUCGUUCCGGAGGGAGAUCCUGCCCCUCUGCGAAAGCCUGCCGCAAAUCCUCCAUUUCGAGGACAAGAUCAUGGAUAUACUCGCCACAUACAUCAGCCGCGAAGAGAAGGAAUCGCUGGAGGCGCUGCUCGACCUACUGACAGCUUUUGCUCACGACCUUGGCGUGCGCUUCGAGAAGCACUACCCGCGGGCGCUCGAGCUCAUCACGACCAUCGCGAGCAAACCGCAACCCGUCGAGGUGAUUGAGUGGACCUUUGCCGCUCUGGCUUUUCUGUUCAAGUACCUUGCACGCCUGCUCGUUCCGGACCUGCGACCGACAUAUGAUGCCCUAGCGCCGCUGCUGGGCAAGGAGCGGCAGCCCGGCCACAUCGCGAGGUUCGCCGCGGAGGCGCUGAGCUUCCUGAUCAAGAAGGCAGCGGCGCCGGCGAACAAGGAGAAGGCUCUGCCGCAGAUUGUGCAGCACGCCCGGGAUGAUCUGAAGAGCACUGUCGGCACGAAGCAGCAUUCGCUCUAUUACCACGGCCUGAUGACCAUGUUCGCAGAGGCAAUCAAGAGCUCAGGGAACACUGUGCACUCGACCGGUCCGGAUAUCUUUACCUGCCUGCUGCGCUGUGUUCCGGACGACGAGCUGGUCCCGGGAGGGGCGGCCAUCUGGAUAGAUCUGUGCUGCGGCGUGCUCACGAGCAUUAUCCACCAUUCUACUCCAGAGACCUUUGAUACCAUGGCCGAUGCGAUUGUUGCGGAGGCUACUGCGUGGGUUUCAGACCCGUCUUCAACGGAGAAUCCUUGGCGGUUGUCUGUCCUCACGAGAAUAUUUGGAGUUGCUGCCGGCGUUCGGAGAGGCAACAGAAUCAGCGCAUGGCCCGCCUUCAUCCAAGCCUUUUCGAAGGUUAUCGACUCGCUUUCCAAAUCAGCAGACAAAGUCUCGCAAUACGAUGCCUCACAGAUAUGGCAACACAUUCUGGUCAACACUGCCGUUGUGUGGAACCAGGCCGCCAUGGAUGCCCUAAUCCCUCACAUUUCGCAGUUGAUGAACGCCAUGACCCGGGAGCCCUUGAUGCGCUGGUACAUACCGUUUUGUGCCUAUUUUGCGGAGCUCGACUCGGGCCGCUUCCGCACCUUGUUCCAGAAGCACUUCCAAAGGUUUGUCGUCGCGCACUGGUCGGACGACGACAACGAGCAGGUCAUCUGCAUACUCCUCCCCCGUAUGGUCGCGAAUGGCGGCUUGCCCAGCGUUGGCGACAAAGAGGCCUUCCCGCUUCCCCAGUCCUGGCAGGACCAGAUAGUAAGCAAGUUUGAACGCCUGGAAAUCACGCCAUUCCCCGAACGAGGCACCUACGAUAAGGAUCCCAAGACCUGGCGAGACAAAUGCCUUCCUAUGUACUCCUCUCUGCUGGAGAUCCUGGAGUGCACCUCAGUGCACCCCUCCACCAACGCCAGGAUAGCUGAGCUUCUCCUCAAAAAGCUCAAACUCGCACUGCGCCCGUCGACCUCAGAAGCCACCGAGGAGGUCAUCUUCAUCCUAACCCGCGGCUUCCGUGCGUACUUGCGAAUGACAAAGAUUGUGGGCUCCCUGGAUAGCAGUCUUCGGCCUCUCCUCAGGGCCGCUGCGCCGAGGUUUGCGAGAUUCGCCGAGUUCCUCGAGGCGCUACAUCUUUACGAGCAGACGCUUGGCCCCAAGGUGCCAGUUGACGGAAACAGCAGUAACGGCAGUGAGAGUCCUCAACCCGAGGAAGACCACUUCGUAAAGGCCCUGGUAGGGAACCUUGCUGCUCCCUCCCACAGAUUGCGCCUCGUAUCAUUACAGUUGCUGCAAUCCUUGGACGUUACCCCUGAUCAGCUCUCGGUGCUAGCGAUCAUGACGCAGACCGAGGAGACGCCUCUGAACCUCCAGAGCACGAGGACCAUCUCGGCUCACCUGCGCAAGCUCGGUCAGCUGUAUGGUCAUUUGGAAGGAUCUACCUGGUUGGUCCAGGCCGUCCCGUCGUUUCUGUUCGGAAUGAUGACUGUACCAUUAUCUCCUGUGUGGGACGACGCGGUCCAAGCCAUGAAGCAGGUUGCGGAGAGCAAGUCUGGCGAGGAGGCGAUUCCCGCCCUUGCAUUCGAGUGGCUCGAGGUCGCAUCUCCUCGAUGGAGCGGGCCGCAGAGACAGCCAACCGAGGCCACACACCAACCCCUGACGGAUUUUGAGUGCCUCAACUACAACAGGCUACAAAGUCUCUCAAGCGAGACGACUAAGGUCAUCAGAGAAUCUUCGGAGAUCAUGCGCGAGGCUUUUGAGAACAGUCAGGAGGUCGUGCCCUUGCAUGCCCACAACGCACGAAGCAAGGCUCUCAAGGUCUUGCAGGCUCUGCCGGGCUUGGCGGAGAAGAGAUCCCGCAAGCUCGUCCCUCAUCUGUUCUCCUGGAACGAGGACAAGCACGUUCUUGCAGAAGGAGAUGAUGGUGAAGAACAGGAGGAGUCUUCAGCUGACGCCGGCUGGUCCCUGGCAGAUCGAAAGGCCUUAGUCGGGGUCUUUGCGCAGUUCGUCAACCCCCGCGUCUUGUACCAACACGAAAAGGUUUACGACAUUAUGCUCAAGCUCAUGGCGAAUGGUGACAUUGAGAUCCAAAAACUGGCCUUGAAGGCGAUACUCGCCUGGAAGCAGGAGGGCCUAAAGCCAUACCGGGAAAACCUCGAGUACCUGCUAGACGAAGCCAGGUUCAAGAACGAGCUCACUGUGUUGUUUCAGGGUGAUCACAGGAUUCAGCCAGAGCACCGCGCGGAUCUCAUGCCUGUGCUUUUACGGCUGUUGUAUGGACGGACGAUCUCCAAGAAGGGCGCUGCUAGCGGCAGGCAUGGCCUGCAAGCAACGCGACUGGCGGUCAUUCGCAUUCUGGACGUAGAGGACGUUGGUGCGUUCCUCCAGAUCGCCCUGGGAGAGCUCCAGGGGGUCCAAGUCGUCAACAGCUCUGGCGUGGAGGAGAGCACAUUCUCCAGAGAGGUCAUUGCUGUUCGGAAACAAGUCGGUCUCUUAAACAUGCUCGAGUCUAUCAUCAACGAGCUCGGUACGGCAGUCGAGCCGUACAUGGCUGCCCUUGUCCAUGCCAUCCUGUACUGCUUGAUCUCGGCGUGCCGAGUGCUGUACGCAGUGCAGGAUGAGGAGUCUGAGUUUGAAGACGAGAAGAGCAAUGUGUCCUUGAAUCGUGUCGUGAGGACGACUUCACUCAAGUGCCUGUGUUCGCUUUUCAGGAACGCCCCUGGAUUCGACUGGACAGCGUACGAAAACGUCCUGGUCUCUGAGAUAAUCAGUCCUACGAUUGAAAAGCUCCCCGUAGAGACGACCCAAAGCGUGUCCUGGACUUGGAGGCUGCUGUCGACCUGGUCACAGCUUCCGAAGGCUGCUCUAUUCCUCUCCAUUGACGAGCGAAUCGUCCCUACAAUCAUCAGCUCUUUGUCUGUGGAGAAGAGCAAAGAUGAGAUCAAGAUCUUUGCUCUCAGCAUCGUCAGAAAUCUCGUUCAACUCGGCGAGGCGCCGGCGUCGGAGUCCGAGUUCAAUGAGCUCAUCAAGUCGGAGCUUCUCGUGCCCCACAUCGACCUCUUGCUGAAGAGCAUUGGUGGCCUCCUCAGAGACAAGCCGGACAUGGGCCGCAACCUGUUGGAAGCGGCCGUUGAGACGGUCGUCGAGGUCGCGCCCCUUGUCGAGGAGUCGGAGCACGUCAAGAAUCUGGUCGAAAUCUCGGCCUUCCUUCUCAACCAGCCGUCACGCCGGGUCAACCCUAAGGUCAAGGGGUCGAUCUUGUUGAUUCUCGAGCGCUUCAUUCAACUAGAGGACCUCCAGAGCGACGCCGACUUGAAGCAAAAGGUGUACAAGACUCUGUCGUCUCUCUUCAGCUUCUUCAAGGACAGACAAAAUAGGCAGUCGCUUGUGCGAGCACUGCUCGUCUUCGCCUCGCAGGACGAAUCUGUCGAGGCCGUGGCCAAGUACUGCGAUGACUUGAACUCUUACAAGGAGAGGGGUUUGGAUCAGCUCGAUUAUGACCGGCGCCUCUCUGCAUACAACGCCAUUGCUCAGGCCGGAACUGAUGCCUUUACUAUCAACCAAUGGUUGCCGAUCCUGCAUAACAUGGUCUUCUACAUCAAACAGGACGAGGAGUUUGGUGUUUUGUCGUCCAACUCUGCCGACGUGAUCUGCAAGUUCAUCGACGCCGUUGCCGCCAAGCAGGGAGGCGCUGACGAGGAGAGCUUUGUGGCCGUGUUGACGGAUGUCAUCAUGCCCACUAUCUACGCGGGAUCUCGUGAGGAUUCCGAGACGGUCAGACGCGAAGUCAUCCGCGUGCUCGGCUUCCUCGUUUCGGCCAUGCCGUCUUGGGCACCGGUGGCGGAUCUCGCACCACUGGCUGUCAGCGAAGAGCAGGACUCGGAGAGGGCGUUUUUCUUCCACAUCCUCAGUCCCGCGGUCUCGAGACAACUGCAGGCCCUUCAGCUACUUGAAGGAGUGAAUGCCAAGACUGAAUUCAGCAGCAAGAACAUCAGCCAAUUCUUCAUCCCGCUGCUGGAGCAUUUUAUCUUCGGCCGUGAAGAUGGAGCGGACGACCACGGCCUCGGCGCCCAGGCGAGCAACACGAUUGCGGCGCUCUCUGCUUCCCUCGAGUGGGCACAGUACCGUGCGCUUUUGCGUCGCUUCAUCUCCUUCGUCGAGAGCAAGCCCGACCUGCAGAAGCAAGUCAUCCGACUCUUGGAUAGAACCACCGACGCCCUCGCGCGAGCUACGGCCCAGAAGUCGGCCGAUUCGAUGGAGGUAGACCAGCCAAGUGAAGUUGAUGCCACCGUGUGCCGUCUAGCGAAAACGCUCCCGGGGACUAGCAAGUUGUCUGAUGAGCUUGUCAACAAUCAGCUACCUACCUUGAUCGGUCACCUUCACGAAAAGGACGAGGCGACCGUCAGUGCGCGUGUCCCGGUCGGAGUCAUCGUUGUCAAGCUGCUCAACAUCCUUCCUGACGAGGUCAGAGACCAGAAGCUUGCAGGCGUGCUGACUGACAUCUGCCACAUCUUACGCAGCAAGGCCUGGGAGUCCCGUGAGAUGGCUCGCGACACCCUGGCCAAGAUCUCGUCUAUCCUGGGCCCAUCUUGCUUUGGCUUCAUUCUCACCGAGCUCCGCGGUGCCCUGACUCGGGGGUCCCAGCUGCACAUUUUGUCAUACAGUAUGCAUACCCUGCUCCUUGUCGCUAUUCCUCAGUUCGGCCAGGGAGACCUUGAUUACUGCCUACCUUCCAUUGUGGCGAUCAUUAUGGACGAUAUCUUUGGUGUCACUGGACAAGAGAAGGAUGCCGAGGAUUACAACAGCAAGAUGAAGGAGGUCAAGAGUAGUAAGAGCCAAGACUCCAUGGAGCUCAUUGCGAAGAACGCCUCCGUCAGCCAUCUCGUCGAGCUCGUCCAGCCGUUGCAGGCCAUGUUGUUGGAAAAGCUAGACAUCCGCCUGGCUCGCAAGAUCGACGAGCUCCUUAACCGCAUCGCGUCGGGUCUCCUGCAAAAUCCCGCUGCCGAGAGCCGAGACACUCUAGUGUUCUGCUAUGAAGUCAUUCAAGAUGUCUACAGAAGCCAGAAGCCCAAGGAAGAGCCCAAGAUGGACCCGAGGGUGAAGCGUUAUCUCAUUCAAAAGGGAGCCAAGAAGACGUCUGAGCGCGGAAUGUCGACCAAGUACACGCACAAGCUCGUCAGAUUCGCGCUCGAUGUCUUGCGGUCUAUCCUGAGGAAGCACGACAGCCUGAGGAACGCGGGCAACAUCAGUGGCUUCCUGCCCAUCUUGGGUGACGCUGUGAUUGCCGGUGAGGAGGAGGUCAAGAUUGCGGCUUUCAAGCUGUUGACUGUCCUUGUCAAGGUACCGUUCAAGACGGACGAGUCCACUAGCCUUUACAAGGUCGCUCUCAAAGAGGCCUUGAAAGCCAUUUCCCAGUCCACGACUACGUCCAGCGACCUUCCGCAAUCGGCACUGAAGCUCGUCUCGGUCGUGCUGCGUGACCGCCGCGAGAUCCCAGUCAAGGAUGCAGCCGUCGACAUGCUCCUCUCCAAACUCAAGGACGACCUGACCGAGCCCCUCUAUCGGCACGUCACCUUCAACUUCCUCCGGUCGGUUCUGGAUCGAAGGAUAGAGACGGCCUCGGUAUACGACACCCUUGAUUAUGUGGGCACCGUCAUGAUCACCAACGACGACAAGGAGACGCGGAACCUGGCCAGGGGUGCCUUCUUCCAAUUUCUUCGGGACUACCCGCAGAAGAAGAGCAGAUGGCAGAAGCAGCUGGCGUUUGUCGUUGCCAACCUCAAGUACGAUCGAGAGGGCGGUCGGCUGUCGGUGAUGGAGGUCGUACACCUCUUGCUGCAAAAAUCGGCCGAUGAGUUCACUCAGGAAGUCAUCUCCACCUGCUUCAUCCCCCUGAUUUUCGUACUGGCGAACGACGACAGCGAGAAGUGCCGCCUCGUCGCCGCGGAGCUGCUCAAGGAGAUCUUCCGCCGGAGCAGCAAGGAGAACACGCAGAACUUCCUCAAGCUCCUCCGCUCGUGGAUCGAUCAGGACGAGAAGCCAGCCGUGAUGACGCUCGCGCUGCAUGCUUUCGGCUUGUAUUUUGAUGCCAAGGAGCCCGAGAACAAGGACAAGAAGGAUCUAAACCUGGUGCUUGGCAAGAUUGCUGGAGUGGUCGAGGGUGGAGCGGCGGAUGACGCCGAUCUCGUCAACGUUGCGCUCCAGACCGUGCAGGUACUGGUCGUUAAGCAUCCUUCGCGGGUGCUUGGGACGGACUCGGAGCAGCUCUGGGAACAGAUCAGAAGCUCGCUAUCGAGCACAGACAAUGCGGUCCGCCUGACGGCUAUGAAGCUGGUCGGCUCCUAUCUGGCUGACUUUGCUAGCAAUGAGGGCGGUACCAAGGGCUCUCAUGGCCUGGAGCUUGGCAACGACGAGGUCUCGCAGUUGGUCCGUCUGAUGCUCCGUAUUCUGGGAACACAGGAACUGGAGGACUCCCUUGCCGAGGAAGUCGUUCGAACUCUGAUUUUCCUCGGCCGAUACCUGGCAACUCCCACUGAGACGUCCGAGGCAGAUGCCGAAGAGGAGGAGGCGGAGGACGUGGAAGAAGAGGAAGAAGGAGAUGAAGCCGAGUCAGAAGGCAACGAGCCUGAAGAGGAAGACCGCCAGCUGGGCCUCGGGUACCUCUUCAACCGCCUCGCGGCAAUCAUCCGGAAGGAGACGCCGCCCAAGGCGACGGCGCUCGUGUCCAAGCUCUCGGCGAUGCACGUCCUCGAGGUGUUCUGCAGCACGACGCCGCGCGCGGGCCUGGACGCGCGCUCGAUGCGGCGCGUCCUGCGGCCGCUGCGCAACCUGACGGACCCGACGAUCCCGGCGCCCUUCUCGACGGAGGAGCUGUUCCGGACGCGGCACGAGGAGCUCAAGGCGAAGGCGCACGCGGUCAUGGAGGUGCUGCAGAAGAAGCUGGGCACGGCGGACUACACGCGGCACCUGCUGGCCGCGGGCGAGGAGGCGAAGGGCCGGCGGGAGCAGCGGGCGGGCAAGCGCAAGAUCUACGCCGUGACGAACCCGGAGAGGGCCGGGCGGGACAAGAGGAAGCGGUUUGAGAAGAAGAGGGAGAGGAGGAAGGUUAAGGGGCAGGAGCAUCGGAGUAUGCGAAGGGGGUACUAG